AUGGACGGCUGGCCAAAAUUAUUUUGGCAAGCUGCCUUGGGGAUCUCUUGUUUGUUGAGCGUUGCCUCAGCACAACCCACCAAUGAUCAUCAUCAUGAUCUUCACCAAGCCUAUCAACCGGACAUCGCCCCUAAUCCCUUUGGCAACAUCGCUGUGGCUGAUGGCAAAAGUGUUGAAAAACGUGACGACAAGUCGCUCGAGCUGCGGAUUUUGAGCUUGGGCGCGUCUAUUAUGAGCGGCAUGGGAUCCAGCACUGAUAAUGGUUUGCGAAAGCCCUUACGAGAUGCGUUAAGAGCUGACAAAUACCCUGUCAACAUGGUUGGAUCUCUCAAGAAGGGCACAAUGAAGGACAAUGACCAUGAGGCUGUUCCAGGAGAUGUGCUUACUCAAAUCCUUGCCAGAGUGCCCAACUCGAUCGGAUACAAGCCUAACAUUGUCAUUAUCAACGGCGGCACCAAUGAUGCCAACACCCCCGUGGAUCCUGAGAGGGCUGGAGCCCGUAUGAACAAGAUUCUCAAUACUCUAUGGGACGCUGAGGGCAUGUCUGAAACGUGCAUUUUCUUGUCGACACUCAUACCAACAGACAAUGCCAAUGGGGCCAAGUAUUCACCCAUUAUCAAUGAUCAGUAUCGAACGCUUGUCUUGACCCGCGCCGAAGAGGGCAAAUGUAUCUUCAUGGCCGAUAUGUGGCCUCAAGGUCAGCAGUGGUUCAAUCUCGAUACAGAUUACCUUGCAGGAGAGCAUCCCAAGGUCCAUCCCAAUGAUGUUGGCCAUGCCAAGAUGGCAGCUGUUUUCUACAAUGCCAUCAACAAGGCUCUUGAUAGAAAGCAAGUCGUCCAACCUGGCAAGUUUACUGAGGGCUCAAGUGUCUGUGCCAAAUUUGCUGGCUCGGGGAUAGAUGCUGGCGGUUUAACACAGCGCGGUUCUGGUUAUGACGACGGCAUUUAUUAUCAUGACAGUGUAGAGUCGGAUGUCUUAUUCACUGCCGACAGUGACUGGGAUCGGGGACAGUGGAAGUUUGCCCGAUUAUUUGAUCGAAGAUACGACGAUCUCGUUGCGUGGAUUAACAAGACUAGUGAAUCACAGGUAUACGCUGUAUGGGCCAACUCGGGAGAUGGCAAAGCAAAGUUCACACAAACAAGUGACUUGAAUCCCGACCUCAACUGCAAGUUCCCAGAAGGGGUCAACUUCAUUGACAUGAACUCUGAUGGUCUGGACGAUCUUGUAUACAUCGACGCAGAUGGUAACGCAUACUUGUCUAUCAACCAGGGAGAUGGCAACCGUGCAGCAGGAAAGCCACCUACUUUCAAGCGAGUCAGUAGCACAGCUUUGAUCAAGAAAACCGAAGGCAAGAAGCGAGAUCAUGUGGUCCUUGCCGACAUCGACGGCGAUGGUCGAGCAGAUUACGGUACACUUGAUGACGCUGGAAACGUUUUCUUCUGGAGAAACGGAUGGAUUGACGAUAUUCCCAAGUACUGGCAGUACCUCGGUAAGAGAUUCACUGGAAAGAAUAAGGGAGAUCUGCGAGGAGUCCGGUUCGAGGAUGUCAACGGUGAUGGUCGUGAUGACUGGAUAUGGCUCGACGAUGUUGGAAGAGGCGACAUCUACACCAAUGGCCGAAGCUGCGACAAAGGCAAAGAUGGCGAUCGCAUGAAUGUGGCCUGGCGUCAAGGCUUCAAAAAGGGCGAAUCGUCAGGCCCUGCCUUCAAGGGUAUGGGUGGCUCGGUCACCAAAGACGAGAAGUAUCUUCGCGACCGCAUUCACUUUGCCCGCAUCUAUGGUCAAGUAACAGUAUUUGGGAACCAGCCCAAGCAGGAUUAUGUCUUUAUGCAACACACAAAGGUCGGAAAGAAGCAUCAUUUCGAGAUGCGUGUGUGGAAGAACACGGGCGCCGGUGGCACCAAGCUCCUGGCAGACGGCAACAAAUACUGUAACAUGAUGGGUCACGGCAAUGGUAUGGUUGACUACGUCUGGGCAUACCAGGGCGGUAAGAUGGAGAUGUGGGCAAACCGUGGAAAGGGGUCUAUUACGGAUAAAGACCCCGACGGCUACUGGAACUACCAAGGAACCAUCUGGACACCACCACAAGAGAUGGAUCGCAGAGAUUUACAUCUUGCUGACUGGGAUGGCGAUGGAGCUUGUGAUAUUAUUCACGUCAACCCCAAGGGUGGAUCAGUUCAAGUUUGGAUCAACAACUACCCCAAGACCAAGAAAUGGCAAUGGACACACAAUGCUAACCCCGCACCCGCCCUGAGCUGCUCCCAGACUCGAGGUCUUGGGCUUUUCGAUAUGGCUGUGCGAUUCGCCGACAUCACUGGUAAUGGCCGCGCCGACUACCUCUGUAUCGAGCCGAACAGCAGAACCACAGGCUUCACCCACCAAGACGAUGGAAGCUGGAAGAACGCAGGCCAAAUCAAAGUCUCUAUCGAUAAGGACCGUGCCAACCUUCGCUGGGCUGAUGUCAACGGCGAUGGUCGUGAGGACUUACUCUGGGUGGAGAAGCAAUCGGGGGAUGCUUUUGUUUUCUACAACCACGGCCCUGCCAACCCUGACACCACGCUCGGCUCAUCCUUCUCUUGGUCAGAGCAGAAAGAAGUUGCCUUUGCUGGUAAUGCCCAGGGAGGAUGUGAGUACUGGACUGAUAUUGAUGGUAAUGGCAGGGCCGAUCAACACUUCAUCUUGGGCACGUUCAACAACAAGGCUAGAACUGCCUUGUCUCCGAACUGUGGUCUGCGUGACAAGACUGGAGACGAUGGAGAGACGUCGAACAACUUACCGUCAGUCCCCGGAGCUGGUAACAGCGGCGGUGGCGGUGGCGGUGGCGGUGGCGGUAACGGAAGUGGUGGUGGGGAUGGAGAGGGUGAUGGUCUCGUCUUGGUACCUCCCAUCGUCUGGCAGGACCCUCAUCCAACUGUUGGUUGUGUUCCUCCAUGUACUCUGGUUUGGCCACCACUGGGCAUUUCACCCACUACCAUGACAUGGCCCGCAGUUACAACUUCGAUAUGGUCGAUAGUACAAGGUGUUGCAACCACUGUCACCACUGUCAUCACUGUCAACCCAUUCGUCGUCAGCAAAGUGCCAUUCUGGCCCAUCGUUAUCAGCUCCAGCGACCCGACCAAGGCUGUCCUCACGCCUAAGCAGAGCAUUCUCCCACCCCGUAUCACAAUACCGCUGAACAGUGACCAAGCAACUCUCAAGACAACAACUUCAGGAUCAACCACCACUAUACUACCUCCUUCUUGGCCCCCUGCUAGACAUACAGGCACAUUCCAACCCUUGCCUACUGCAUCGGUUAUACUCCCACCUGGACCGACGACUAAUCCAACCACGACUGCCACAUCUGGAUACCAUACAGUCUCUUACACACGCUCACACCCAACUACCACAUGUACAGCUGAUUGUGGAGAAUACGAGUGUUCUCUCUUCGGAUGUAUUGGUGGUGGUGGCUCAGAAGGCUGCGGUCUGUUUGGAUGUCUUGAAGGUUGCGGCAUCGAUGGGUGCACUCCAGGUAUUGACAUAGGGGGUGGAGGCGGAGGCGGUGGUGGUGGUGGUGACCCCAAUGACCCUGAUGAGUGCGAGGGAGAUGACUGCGGCUGCGAUGAUGACAAGGAAGUAACAUCUUGCGGUGUUCUCUGCACUGAAAAUGUUGAUGCUACUACCACUCGAACAGGCGAAUGUUCAACAACCACCUGUGUCACCACGAGCUGCGGAACCGACACUACCAAGACAUCAACGACGACAUCUUAUGAAGGAGACAUUAUCUUGACCCAGGUUGCCUACGACUACUUCACGACCGACAAUGUUGGCGCUUUCUGGGCCACGUCUGUUUCUAGUGAUUACUGGAGCUGGUAUUCCGUCGAGGAAGCUGCCUACUCAGCUCGCAAAUCUGCUGGCUCCGUCGUUCCCAGCGUGACCGAGAUCGUCACAGCCACCGAGGAAGUAGAAGUCACUGUCCGUCCAACAAAAACAGUCAUCGUGGAGCCUACGUCCAAGAAAUCUACCGUUCCCUUCGAACCGCCAAUUCCCAUGGCGAGUCAUGCUCUUCACAUCGCACUCGUCAAGUUCAUGUACAAGUGCAGUGGUGAACCGGGUUGUUCCAACCGUAUCGACUACGACUGGCUGGUAUACGCGACUGACUACAACGAGUCUGUGAACUACUGCCAGGAUGAAAAGUCAAUCUAUACGCAAAAGACCGAGCAAAGAUUUGAUGGGAAUAAGCCAUUCCCUGAAGACGACGUUGGUAAGUUCAAUGUUAACAAGUUUGAUCUCAAGAACUGCAAAUACACGGCCAAGUCGUCGAGUGAGGUGGGCACUCUGUCUUGCGAUGGAUCCACGGCUAUUAAGUGUGUGCCCAAUGGAAAUGCAGGCAAGGCUUGGGAGUGUGGUGGCAUACAAGCUACUCAAGAUGGUGUGUUUUGUUACUGGUGA